UCUUUAAAGUACGGAUCAUCAAAGUAAAGUUAAAGUGGGAAAAAAAUUGCAAGUAUGAAACUGCUAGUGUGACUGUGUCUAAAGAUUACCAUAAACAAUCUCACCCUCUUCUUCUUUAUAAAUUCCUUAUCAACACCUCUUUCACACCACACACAGAAACACCUCUCAAUUAUUUUGCUCCAUUUUUCUCUCUCCUCCUUCCCUUGUUUUCAUCAUCUUUUCGUGAAUGCCCACAAAGUGUUUGUUGUUUUGCCUCACUGAAAAAAAAAAAAAAAAAAUUUAACCCAGAAAACUGUUCUGAAAACUUGUGUGAAAAAUGGGGGCUGAAAGGCCAAAAGUAGUGAUAAUUGGUGCAGGAAUGGCGGGUGUGACAGCAGCAAACAAGCUGUACACAGCAGCAGGUGGGAAACAGACUUUUGAUUUGUGUGUUGUUGAAGGUGGGAAGAGGAUUGGGGGUAGGAUUAACACUACUGAGUUUGGUGGUGAUAGAAUUGAGAUGGGUGCUACUUGGAUUCAUGGGAUUUCUGGGAGUCCAGUUUAUGAGAUUGCUACAAAAAUCAAGUCUUUAGAGUCUGAGAAACCAUGGGAAUGUAUGGGUGGUUUGUUUGAGGAGAAACUUUCCAUUGCAGAAACUCGGGCCGAAGGCGGGUUUGUGGUUAAUCCUGAUGUUGUUGACCCAAUUUCAUCACUUUUUCAUAGAUUAAUGAGUGUUGCUCAAUGUAGCCCUGAAAAGGGUGGGAAGCAGGUGAGCAGCAUUGGCUCAUUUCUGAAGAUUGGGCUUCAAGAGUUCUGGGAUUUGAGAGGUGGAAAGGUUGAAGAAGAUGAUGAUAAUGUUUGUGGGAAUUGGAGCAGGAAAAUGGUGGAAGAAGCUGUUUUUAGUGGAUUUGAGAACACACAGAGAACAUAUACUGGUGCUGGUGAUCUGUUUAGUUUAGAUUAUGCUGCUGAAAGUGAGUACAGGAUGUUUUCUGGGGACGAGAUCACGAUCCCUCGUGGUUAUAUCACCAUUGUUGAGUCCUUAGCUUCAGUUUUACCUCCUGGAAUGAUCCAGUUGGGUAGGAAAGUUGUCAAGAUUGAGUGGCAUAAUAAUGAUGAAGAAGAUGAUGAUGAUCAUUGUGGUAGUAGUAUUAUCAGUAGUUGUAACAGCAGACCUGUGAAACUGCAUUUUUCUGAUGGGUCAAUUAUGGAAGCUGAUCAUGUCAUUGUGACAGUUUCAUUAGGAGUACUAAAAGCUGGAGUAGUAGUCAGUGAUGAAGAAUCCGAAUCCAAAUCUGGGUCAGGUUUGUUUAGCCCACCACUCCCUUUUGUGAAAAGGGAUGCAAUUUCGAGGCUUGGGUAUGGUGUUGUCAACAAAUUGUUCUUACAGUUAACCCCAUCAUCAUCAGAAGAAAGUAAUGGUCAAGAAGAAGAAUUUCCCUUUAUGAAAAUGGCGUUUUUUCGGUCUGAUUCGGAGUUUAGGUAUAGGAAGAUACCAUGGUGGAUGAGGAAAACAGCUUCUAUUUACCCAAUCUAUGACAAUUCAAGAGUCUUGCUUUCAUGGUUUGCUGGUAAAGAAGCUCUAGAGCUCGAGUCUCUCGAGGAUGAGGCGAUCAUCGAUGGUGUUUCGACUACAUUAUCGAGCUUUAUCUCAAACUCUAACCCUAAUCAAUUCAAUCAUCUAUGCAAUGGGAAAAAGGAUUCAAAGUUUGAGUUCAAGAAAGUGUUGAGGAGCAAAUGGGGCACAGACCCUUUGUUCUUGGGAUCAUAUAGCCAUGUUGCAGUGGGAUCUAGUGGUGAUGAUUUCGACACACUGGCUCAACCACUGCCUAAAAUCAUCCUCGAGACUACAACAACAAAGACGACAACAACAACAACAACAACAACAACAACAACACGUUCACCACCACCACCUCUACAAAUCCUCUUCGCCGGGGAAGCAACACAUAGAACUCAUUACUCCACAACUCAUGGUGCUUACUUCAGUGGUUUAAGGGAAGCCAAUAGGCUUCUUCAUCACUACCACUUGGUCAAACACAUUACUACUACCGACAUUCAGUAAAAUCGGUAUUUGGUGGAAUCCUGAGUAAGCGUCCAUGAAGCUCAUCAUGGCAUGCCCUGCCGUGGAGUCUGCCAAUCGGUCAAUUUUUGGCAAAGGGAAACUGUCUUUUGGACAAGCUUUGUUCAAGUCUGUGUAGUCUAUGUUGCAACAAAAUAGGGGAUUGUCUGAAAUAUUACAACUUGAAUCACGAAGGAGGGUUUUUUUCUUGAUCCACAGGGGCCAGAAGAGGUAUAUGGUGGAAUCCUGAGUAGGCGUCCAUGAAGCUCAUCAUGGCAUACCCUGCCGCGGAGUCUGCCAAUCGGUCAAUUUUUAGCAAAGGAAAACUGUCUUUUGGACGGGCUUUGUUCCACAACAAAAUAGGGAUUGUUGAGUAUUUUCCUUGUUUCUUUAAUAUUUUUUUUCUCUAGUGGUUUUUAAUAGAUUUUGUACAACAAUAUAGUACUAGUUUCAUGUGUUGGGUGUCCAGAAUCAGACAGCUUAGGUAAGGAUCAUUUAAGUAUCACCCCCCGUUUGGUGGGUUUGUCUCCCUCCUAAUGGACAGUUUACUUCUGUUUAUUUUGUUACUUAGGACCUCGAUCUCUAAAUUUGUUAAGAAAAAAAAUGCAAGAUAUUAGUAGUUGUGAAAAAGAGAGGUUGAAUUGGGACAGCUAUUUUUUAUAGAUGAACAAAAAGAAGCUUCUUUUGAAUCUUUAUACGAAGUAUCUUGUUUUGUUGUUGUGCUA